AUGUACAAGGGGAUGUCUCCAAGAGAGGAACAGGAAAUUGUUAGGGAAGUCAGCACCUACAUUAAGAAAACUGGCUACAACCCUGACAGGGCAGCUUUUGUGCCAAUGUCCGGUUGGAAUGGUGACAGCAUGCUGGAGCCGAGUGCUCAUAUGCCUCGGUUCAAGGGAUGGAAGGUCACUCGGAAAGAUGGCACUGCGGGUGGAGCCACACUGCUUGAGGCUUUGGAUUGCACCCUUCCACCCACUCGCUCAACUGACAAGCCUUUGCGGCUGCCCCUCCAGGGUGUCUACAAAAUCGGUGGUGUUAGUACCAUUGCUGGAGGCCACAUGGAGACUGGUGUCCUUAAACCUGGCACCGUGGUCACCUUCGCUCCAGUCAGUGUCACAGCUGAAGGAAAUUCAGAAAUGCACCACAGAGCUUUGAGCGAAGCUCUUCCCGGGGACAGUGUGGGCUUCAGCAUCAAGUACCUGUCUGUCAAAGAUGUUCGUCGUGGCAACGUUGCUGGUGACAGCAAAAAUGACCCACCAAUGGGAGCAGCUGGCUUCACCGCUCAGGUGAUUAUCCUGGACCAUCCCGGCCAGUUCGGCGCUGGCUGUGCCCCUGUUCCGGAUCGUCACACAGCUCACACUGCUUGCAAGUUUGCUGAGCUGAAAGAAAAGAUUGAUCACCGGCCUGGUAAGAAGCCGGAAGAUGGCCCCAAGUUCUUGAAAUCUGGUGAUGCUGCCUUUGUUGGCAUGGUUCCAGGCAAGCCCAUGUGUGCCGAGAGCUUCUCUGACUAUCCACCUCUGGGUCAUUUCGCUGUUCUUGAUAUGAGACAGACAGUUGCUGUGGGGGUCAUCAAAGCAGUGGACAAGAAGGCUGCGGGAGCUGGUAAGGGCACCAAGUCUGCCCAGCAAGCUCAGAAGGCUGAAUGA